AUGGCCCACAUCCAGGGUCCGGGCGCCCCAGCCGCAGGGGCCGCCCCCGUGGGCUCCCAGUACUGCGUGUGCAAGGUGGAGCUGUCUGUGAGCGGCCAGAACCUGCUGGACCGGGAUGUCACCUCCAAGUCCGACCCCUUCUGCGUCCUCUUCAUGGAGAGCAACGGCCGGUGGAUGGAGUACGACAGGACAGAGACCGCCAUCAACAACCUCAACCCAGCCUUCUCCAAAAAGUUCGUCCUGGACUACCACUUUGAGGAAGUGCAGAAGCUCAAGUUCGCCCUGUUCGACCAGGACAAGUCCAGCACACAGCUGGACGAGCACGACUUCCUGGGCCAGUUCUCCUGCAACCUGGGCGUGAUCGUCUCCAGCAAAAAGAUCACUCGGCCGCUGCUGCUGAUGAAUGACAAGCCCGCCGGGAAGGGCUUGAUUACGAUCGCCGCCCAGGAGCUGUCGGACAACCGCGUCAUCACGCUGAGUCUGGCCGGCAGGAAGCUGGACAAGAAGGACCUCUUUGGGAAGUCAGACCCGUUUCUCGAGUUUUAUAAGCCCGGGGAUGACGGCAAGUGGAUGCUGGUCCACAGGACGGAGGUGAUCAAGUACACGCUGGACCCCGUGUGGAAGCCGUUCACCGUGCCACUGGUGUCCCUGUGCGACGGGGACCUGGAGAAGCCCAUCCAGGUCAUAUGCUACGACUAUGACAACGACGGGGGCCACGACUUCAUCGGCGAGUUCCAGACCUCCGUGUCCCAGAUGUGCAAUGCUCGCGACGGCGUUCCGCUGGAGUUCGAGUGCAUCAACCCCAAGAAGCAGAGGAAAAAGAAGAACUAUAAAAACUCGGGCAUUAUUAUCCUGCGAUCCUGCAAGAUCAACCGGGACUACUCCUUCCUGGACUACAUCCUGGGAGGCUGCCAGCUCAUGUUCACCGUCGGGAUAGACUUUACGGCCUCCAACGGCAACCCCUUCGACCCCUCCUCCCUGCACUACAUCAACCCCAUGGGCACCAACGAGUACCUGUCGGCCAUCUGGGCCGUGGGGCAGAUCAUCCAGGACUACGACAGCGAUAAGAUGUUUCCCGCCCUCGGGUUCGGGGCCCAGUUACCCCCAGACUGGAAGGUCUCCCAUGAGUUUGCCAUCAACUUCAACCCCACCAACCCCUUCUGCUCAGGCGUGGACGGCAUCGCCCAGGCGUACUCGGCCUGCCUGCCCCACAUCCGCUUCUACGGUCCCACCAACUUCUCGCCCAUCGUCAACCACGUGGCCCGGUUUGCGGCCCAGGCCACGCAGCAGGAGACAGCAACGCAAUACUUCAUCCUCCUCAUCAUCACGGACGGCGUCAUCAGUGACAUGGAGGAGACGCGGCACGCGGUGGUGCAGGCCUCCAAGCUGCCCAUGUCCAUCAUCAUCGUGGGCGUGGGCAACGCCGACUUCGCUGCCAUGGAGUUCCUGGACGGGGACAGCCGCAGGCUGCGCUCCCACACGGGGGAGGAGGCCGCCCGCGACAUCGUGCAGUUCGUGCCCUUCCGCGAGUUCCGCAACGCAGCGAAGGAAACCUUGGCCAAAGCUGUGCUGGCGGAGCUGCCCCAACAAGUUGUGCAGUAUUUCAAGCAUAAAAACCUGCCCCCCACCAGCUCGGAGCCCGCCUGA